AUGGGAAGUGGUCCAAUUGUUGAUCUGUUACCAGUAUCAUUAUCUGGAGGAACUGCUGUUCUUUUUACUUAUCCACUUGAUUUAGUUAGAACUAAAUUGGCUUACCAGGUUCAACGUCUACAAGGCUCAAGCUCACAACUGAAAGGAACAAUGGGAACUCUUGUUAUGAUUGUCCAAAAAGAAGGAUGGAAACAUUUAUUUUCAGUAUUUAGCAUCAACCAUCUGAAGGAUAUAUCAUACUUGAUAAGAAGCAUUUGUUAUGCUGCAGUUGCUGCUCAUGCAGAUCAUACUAGCAGGAGGAAAUUAGCACUUUUCCAGGUUCCUUUGUUACUAGGCAUUGGGGAAGAAGAUACAGCCCUGACUAAGGCAACUGAAAGUGGCGAUACUGAUUUUGUUUAUCUUGUUCUCUUUCAUAUAUGGCAGAAGAGACCAGCAUUGGAAUUAUUUGGAAUGAUACAAGCUAGACCUAUUGCGCGCGAUCUAUUCAUACGAGACUCAAGGUAUCAUAUUUUGGCAUGGCUAGAAGCUUUGGAGGAAACGAGACUCAAGCAAAAGUAA